AUGUCCAUGGCGCCCAACAAUAUGUCGAUGCUGGAAGCAAGUUUUGAGCCAAGUGGAAGUGGCCACCGAGGAAAUGAUAAUGACGAGCAAGGUUUCCAUCAAGAAAACAGUUGCGAGAAGAGCUCCGGGAUGGUUCAUGAGAAGCCGGCCAAAGAAUCGAUGUUUUCAAUGUUCGAAUUCCCAAAGUCAGAGCCAGAUUUGAAUGCACAGGAGACGAAAAUCGAGAAAGAGAAGAAGAAAGAGACCGAGAAAAAGAUCAAGGAAAAUGAGAAAGAGAAGAAAGAGAAGAAAAAAGAGACUGAGAGAAAGACCAAGGAAAAUGAGAAAAUCGAGAAAGAGAAGAAGAAAGAGAUUGAGAGAAGGAUCAAGGAAAAUGAGAGAAUCGAGAAAGAAGCCAUAGAGAAGAAGAGAAAGACGGACAAGAAGAUCAAAGAAGAGGAGAAAAGAAUAGCGAAGGAGAAAGCGAAAGAGAUGGAAAGGAAAAUUCAAGAGGACACGAAAAGAGAGAGGGAGAAAAUAAACUUUGAAAAAAAGAAGAUUGAAAAUGAAAUAAGCCAAAUCAAGGCCCAGUACAAAGAGAGGCAGAAGAGAAUUGAUCUGGCAAGAAGAGAACAAACACGAGUACACGCGCGGGAUGGUCAAGCGCCUGUCGACACUCGCAUAGGCUUGCCGCAAGAAUGGCGUUAUCGUGAUGGAAGGGCGAAGUACGAGAAAAAUCAUCAGAUAGAACAGUUGAAGUCGGAAUUGAAGGCACUGGACUUGCAAUUGAUAAUGGCAGGAGAAGAGGUAUUACGAUUCUACCAGUCGAAAGUAGAGGAUGAAAUAUCCAAGGAGCAAGCGAGAGAACGGUUGAGAAAAUCCACACAGGCCAAAAAUCCUGUAGCGCCGCAACCCGGACAAACAGCACAAUCCGGUGAAGAAGAACUCACUAAGAAAUUCACCUUGCCGGUCGUCUCCAAAGAAGUCAACUCUUCUAUGGUAGACAAUCCCUUCUAUGCGCCUGGCGAGCUCAAGUAUCAUAUGAUGGGAGAAUGGGAUUCCGACACUUGCAAGGAGUGGAUCUAUGAUUCUCUUGAGAAUGGCCUCACAGAAUUUGAGAAAAAACAGCUAGACUGCCGUUUAAAAAGAAUGCCAGGUUUCUGCGGAAAACGCAUGUUUGCGGCGACAGAAGAGGAGUGGGUUAAGUGGUUGGCUACCGAUGGUCUACUGAUCCAUGACAAUUUGCAGAAGAUAGCUGAAAUGGUGAAGGUGGGCAUGUAG